GGAGGGGAAUAAAGACGCAAGGGAUUUUAAGGGGAAAAAAAGCGAAAGAGAGAGCUGGAGCUAUCAGCGCAGGCGCAAUGUUGCAUCCCUCGGACCCAAUUCCUUCUAACUCUGCCUUUUUCUCGCGAGAGUACGGAGUCGGAGGAGGUGCCCCUCGGCGGCCGGGAGGGCGGGACCCGGGAAAUGGGGCGGCCUCUUUAUGAUCCGCUACUCGCGGGGCGGCGGCGCGAUUGACUGACGAGGUGUUAAGAAAUCGGCACGUAGGAGGGCGUGGAAAGGGAAAGUGCUAACACCGGGUCUGGGCUUCCCCUAAGAAGAAAGGGGAAAUGGAGGAGGUGUUAGGAACCAUCCUUUUGUAUCGGCUUCUCACUACAGAACAAUGUCUGACUCUUGUGUAAAGUGGAAGUGAACCUGAGUGAAAGAGGAGAGGUUCCUCUUACCAUCACAGACAGAAUGACCAAGAUGAGACUCUUGAGACUUUGGAUUGUCCUGGGAUCUGUCUUUAUGAUCCUUUUGAUAAUUGUUUACUGGGAUAAUGUGGGUACAGCACAUUUCUACUUGCACACAUCACUUUCCAGACCUCAUCCUCCAGGGGCCUUUCCCACCACUGGAAAGGAUGAAGAGAGAGAAUUUGUAUCAGAUGUAGAUGAAUUUCUUGAUAAAUUGCUUAGUUCUAGUGGGAAACAGAAUGACCCUUUGAAAAAAAAGACUGAGCAACCUCCUCUUCAUGGCUCUAGCAAACCUAUUCUUCGUAAUAUGGAAGAGAAUGUUAGAGGUUAUGACUGGUCUACCCAUGAUACUAAGCAGAACCCAAAUCAGGAAAAACUUCAGGCAGAGAGGAGAAAUAUGUUGCGGGAAUUUUGUGCCAACUCUAGCUUUGUUUUCCCUACCAAGAAUCGUUCAUUUGAUGAUAUUCCCAAUUAUGAAUUGAAUCACCUAAUUGUGGAUGACCGCCAUGGAAUCAUAUAUUGCUAUGUGCCAAAGGUUGCCUGCACCAAUUGGAAACGAGUGAUGAUUGUUUUAAGUGAAAGCCUCCUGGAUCAGGGAAUCCCAUAUAAAGACCCCCUAGACAUUCCCAGGGAACAUGUUCACAAUACUAGUACUCAUCUCACUUUCAAUAAAUUCUGGCGUCGAUAUGGGAAAUUUUCACGUCACCUUAUGAAGAUCAAGCUGAAGAAGUAUACUAAAUUUUUGUUUGUUCGUGACCCCUUUGUACGUCUCAUCUCCGCUUUUCGGAGCAAGUUUGAGUUGGAGAAUGAUGAGUUCUACAGGAGAUUUGCAGUUCCCAUGCUGAAACUGUAUUCUAACCACACUAGCCUCCCCACCUCUGUCAGUGAGGCCUUCAGUGCUGGACUGAAGGUCUCAUUUCCUGACUUCAUUCAGUACUUAAUUGAUCCACGGACAGAAAAGCUGGCACCCUUUAAUGAGCAUUGGAGACAGGUGUACCGUCUAUGCCAUCCUUGCCAGAUUGACUAUGACUUUGUGGGGAAGCUAGAGACCCUGGAUGAAGAUGCAGCUCAACUGCUACAACUUCUCAAAGUGGACAAACUCCUUCAUUUCCCCCCUAGUUAUCGGAACAGGACUGCUAGUAGUUGGGAGGAAGACUGGUUUGCCAAAAUCCCUCUAGCCUGGAGACAACAGCUUUAUAAACUUUAUGAGGCUGACUUUGUUCUCUUUGGGUACCCCAAGCCUGAGAACUUACUUAAAGACUAAGCAACAGGGGAAAAGUUCCCCAAAACACUUGUAUUUUUAUUUUAAAAUAAAAUAACGAUCUGUCAUAUCGUGAUUUUUUUCCUACUGGAGACAGAACAAUUAAGUAUCAUGAAUAUAUAUAUGUGUGUGUGUGUGUGUAUGUAUAUAUUAUACAUGCAUAUAUAAUAUAUACACACACAUAUAUAUUUUCUCCCUAUUGCUUUUCCCUCCCCAUUUGCACAUUUCUAGGAUGUUCCUACCAAUAGAGCCACAGGAAAGUCUGGAAUUCACUGCAAACAAUCUACUUUUUAUUCUUUAGUAACCUAAGACUUUGUAAUCUAGACCCAUUCUUUACUCCAUUACCUGUGUUCCUUGAAUUCCUUUGUUAAUAUUGUUUUUAAAUUAAUAUAUUUCAGAUAUUUAAUAUGAAAUAUGGAAAAGGAAAUGAUGGAGUAAAAUAUUGUCUGUUUUUUGUUGCCUUUUGUGGUCAUUCUUCCAGCUAAAUAGUAAAUGCAUAUGUAAGUUAAGAAUUUUUAUUACUGAAAUGCCCUUAGGAAACCUAAGGUUAAAGUUUAAUUAGUUUUUUUUAAGAUUUCUAGAAAGGAAAGGGAGCUAAAGUCAAGUCUGUCAUAUCUAUCUUGUCAAGAUAUAUCUAUAUUUAUAAAACAAAAAAGCCUGCUCCUUAAAAAGUGAACAUUUAAUUUAAAGUUUAACAAGAAGAAACUAUUGAACUAUGAAAUUUGACCAUAGUGGUAUAAAAGUUAAUAACAGGAUUUUUGUCUUUUGACCUAUUUUCCAUUGCAAAGCUUUAGUAUAUGUUGCCCUUUUCUGAGGAAUAUUUUUCCCCCAAUUAUAUGCAAAAACAAUUUUUAACAUUUGUUUUUAAAAAUUUUUGAGUUCCAAAUUUGUUCCCUUUUUUCUCUUUUCUCUAUUCCUGAGGUGGCAAGCAAUAUGAUAGAAGGUUGUAUAUGUAUAUCAUGCAAAACAUUUGCAUAUUAGGGAAAAAAAACAGACCCAAAAGGAAAACUCCACAAAAAAUGUUACUGUUUUUGACACAAAACAGUAGGAAUACAUGCUAAAAUAAAAAAUAAAUUUCACAAAUGGGCAUUCUCAGUUGGUAACAGUGGCAAAACUUACAUGUUUAAUUGACUCUAGGGAUUUUUUUUUCUAUUUAUUGAUUGGUUUCAAGCAUUAAGUUUGUUCCUAUCAAUAAUAUUGUUCCUAUACUGAAAAUAAUGUUGAUUAAAUUUUAAAAGAAGGUUCUUUUUUUUUUUUAAACAGAAGACUAAAAAUUUCUUGAUUGCUUUAAAAUUUUAAAUCAUUGACUGACUGGACUUUUGCAUAUGAUGAAAUGUAAUAUCAUAGUCACCCCUAUGUUGGUUGAUAAUGUUGCUGAAUUUCUGCUGAAUUUCAAAGCCAGCUAAUAGUUGGGAUGUCAAAGUAAAUCAUCACCAUGUCUUGC